UUCCCAGCAUGCUCUAGUGUUACGUGACUUGACGCUUCUUGCACGGGAUGACUGAGGCAGCAGGCUUGAGUGCAGUUAGUGACAGGAGGCGAACUCGUCAAGCUACUAAUUACAUUCUCCAGGAGACAAAAGGACACAUUUAAAUACACAAACAAGGCCGAGGAAACGUUACGAAUACUCCGACCGCACCGCCAUUUUCGGCCGCCGUGUCUCAAGUGUGUCCGGCGUGCGUUGUUUUGAAGGCCUGUUGCUGGCGACGGGGAGGGAAUCCUCGGGCUCGCCCAGGUAGAUGUCGCCGGGCCGAGAGGGCGCAGAGGACCCUGACCGGAGCUCCGUCGACUGCGUUGGUUCCACCAGGUCACUCCCAGAGAAAUGAGGCGUGUGAUGGUGUCUGGACCUUCAAGACUCACUUCGCCACCUGCCAUUAAUUAACCUGACCCCGACUACCCUUGAUCGUCUUUGGAGGGAUCUUCCAGAAAAAAUGAAUCGUUACUUGCCCGUGGCGAGACAGCACUUCUUGGCCGCGCUCGCCAGCACCAGCGUGGUGGUGAAGGCCAUAAGUGCCCUGGUGGUUCUCCUCUACCUGCUCUCUUGGGCUGUGGACACGUCGUACGCACUGGGGAUCACCCCAGGUUAUCUCUUUCCUCCUAACUUCUGGGUGUGGACGCUCGUCACCCAUGGGCUCGUGGAGCAGCAUGUGUGGGGCGUGGCGGCUAACGUGGGCACCGUAAUGGCUUGUGGGCGCCUGCUGGAGCCUCUGUGGGGCGCACUGGAACUGCUGAUCUUUUUCGCCGUGGUAAAUGUAUCCGCUGGCCUUCUAGCGGGCCUCUCCUACCUCUUCACCUACGCGGCCACCUUUAACCUGGACUUCUUGUUUGCGGUCCGCGUCCAUGGAGUGGCUGGCUUUCUGGGAGGUGUCCUGGUGGCGCUGAAGCAGACCAUGGGGGAUACGACGGUGCUCCGAGUUCCACAGGUAAGGCUCAAAGCAGCACCGGCGUUGGUCCUCCUCCUCCUGGCCUUACUGCGUCUCUCAGGGCUGCUGGAGAGCUCCGCCCCCCUGGCAGCGUACAGCUACGGCGCCUUCUCCGGCUGGGUCUACCUGCGCUUCUACCAGAGGCACAGCCGGGGCCGCGGGGACAUGUCUGACCACUUCGCCUUCGCAAGCUUCUUCCCCGAGGCACUGCAGCCGGUGGUGGGUCUGCUGGCGGGGCUCGUCCAUGCCACCCUGGUCAAGGUGAAGGUGUGCAGGAAGAUGGUGAAGAGGUACGACGUGGGGGCGCCGUCGUCCAUCACUAUCAGCCUGCCGGGGACAGACCCACAGGAUGCAGAGAGAAGGAGACAACUGGCCCUCAAGGCACUAAACGAGCGUCUAAAGCGCGUGGAGGACCAGUCCGCCUGGCCCAGCAUGGACGACGACGAAGAAGACGAGGAGGACAACGAGGUCAGGACAGACAUGGAGCCGCUCCUCUCGCGUGACACGCCCUCUUCCACUCCCAGACCAACAUCGGGGGGACUCCUCGGCAUGUCCCUCUCCUCCACCUCCGUGUCGCACAGCGGUGGAGCGCAGCCCAACCCGGAGUCGAGCAUCAUCAGCUUCGAGGACGCACCAUCCAGGUCGUAACCUACCUAAUGCGCACCAUGACUGGGAUGUAUUCAGCCAUGGGACACGUUGGACCUGGUCUGACGUCCAGAUGGCUUUUCUCUUUCACACGUGUCGUCACCUCGUCCCGCUUGAAGCCUCAGAGGCAGGAUGUUGCGUUGACGGCACAGGCGCCGCGUCCUCUUGCUUUUUAAAUCAAUGGCAAAUCGGAUGUACAAUUUCCUCCUCUUUGUCUGAACGGCCUCAAGAAAGAACUCGUACUUGCCAGACUCUCGCUUUGACUUUAAGGGUUUUUGGUGGUUUGGCAUCACAGCAAGUAAAGAAAAGAGAGAUCUUGUUGCAGAACUACGAUGACUAACAAAAGGAAAAAAAAGUGCCAGCUGAGAAUAUUCUGGACCAAGGGUUCCUUUGCUGCCUUUUCUCCUGGAGUGUCACACUUCAAGGACACCAGAAUACUUUUGUUUGAGGUUCGUUUACCACUUUGAAACCUGCUCCUGCACAAGUCUGACUCCAAGUCAUUCUGGACUAUGCUGGUUAAGUAGUAGAGCGCUGCCAGAUUUAGCAAUAGCUGUUCAACUAUUGCAGUCCUUUUCUGGUCGUUCACUCUUAUAUUGGUUUGAUACAAACAAGGUAAUUGGAAAACAAAACAAAAACAGCAGAUUUAGUGGAGCCUUUAAUAGAGGAGAGCUGCGGUCACAGUCUUGUUUGCUUUAUUUGCACUCUGUCAUUUGUAAAAUGUCAGCGUUAGGUGGAUCCUGUUUGAGUUGUUGGAAUCUAAACUGUUCCAUGAACUCAACUUUAUAGUUGGAAUGGGGAAAAAAGCUUCUUUAUCGUUGGCAUUUGACCCCAGACAGCAACAAUUCAAUGUAUUGUUCUCUGAUUUUACUUUCUGAUUCUCUUGUAUUUGGUUUUUCCUUCCAGAAUCAUGAUAUUGUCAGAUCGGGAAAAAAAACAACUAAAACCACAUUUGUUUUUUAGCUUCGCGAAUAAAUUCACAUUGCACAGAAAGCAGAAAUGCUCCUCAUUCAAUAAAAUUCAUUACAAAGUGAAA